CUCUUUCUCUCCUUCUCUUUCCCUGCGGCGUUACUAUUCCGCCGUCAAGCGAGCGUGGCGUGGCGUAGGCAGUCAGGCAGUCAGGCUCUCUCUCUCCUGGCAUUAAGCAUUCCCGUUGGGUCGGCGCGGGGUGGAGGAGAACGCGGGGAGGAGAAUCGGUCGAUGCUGGGGUGCCGCCGUUGUGCCAAAGGAAGGAAGUAUGCGAGAAGGAGAGUCCCUCCCUUCUUCCCUCCCUCUCUCCCUCUCACUCCCUUUCCCUCUCUUUCUCUAUCCAUCUCUCAAUCCCUCUCUGUCUUUCAACAUCCAUCUUUCUCUUGUGUGGAAGUGAGAGGGUAGGAGGCGUGCGUUACUAUCUCCGUCGAACAACGACAACGCCCCGGGGGCGCCUGCGCGUCUCGGAGGGGUAGCACCGUGUUACCUCUCAGCCUGGAGGGGUAACAGAAGCAUGGAGGAAGAGACUAGAGAGAGAGGGAAGGUUACUCGGUCUCCUACCACCUCGCUUUCGUGCUCCUCUCGAGCGCAAAGUGUAGCACGCUCCCUACCAGCAGAGCCGCGCGCUACUCCCCUUCGCUUCCCCUCGCUACGAUUCCACUGCCCGGGCCUCCACGGUCGCCCCAUUCCGUUCUUGGCAUCACAGCGUGCAACAUUCGAGCUGACGUACGACGACGAGGAGCGCGACGACGACCACCUGCCUCCCUGUUACAGUUACAGUUACCGUUACCGUUACCGUUGACGUGGACGUUGCCGUUGCCGUUGCUUUGCGUGUGCCCGUUACGUCCCUCUCUCUCUCUUACACGUACAUAUACACACACCCACUUGCUCUCGUAUUCGAUCUCUUUCUCCCUCUCUUUCUCUCUACUUGCUCACACGUCUCGCUGCGCACCCUUGAUUACAUCCUCGGCUCUUUAUCUUCGGGGAGAUCAUCAACGGGAGAAGAUCGCUGCAACCAAGAAGAUUUAUACAUCGAAUAGUGACACGCGAGAGGACUAAACGAGGCAGUAAACGCGCGCGACGAAAGAGCAAAUUCGUGAUCGUCGGUCAAGUGCUCCGGGAUAUUGUUAUCGUCGUAGUCGUUGGCAGUUCUGAUACAGUGCUAUAUCGUAUACGUACACCUAUAAGGAAAUCAUAGAUCGGUUUGAUCACCGGUGACCGUUUUGAAAUCAUCGUCGAAUCUACAGCCGUCGUCGACGAGAAACGACGAGAUUGGGAGAAAUAGGAAGUCAGUGAAUUUUAAGAGAUCCCUGUGGAGUAACGCUUACUCUUCGUUACUCGGUCUAUUGUUAUCGGUUUAACGAAGUCGAGAAAGAACAAGUAUCGUAAGCGUGCAUUGAAAGCUGAAGAAGCCACAAACGAGCGUCUACCCACUGCCCGACUCUUUCUCUUUUAAGGAGAAAGCGAAGAACAUCGCGCCGAUCGCACGGCACUCGGUACGCGCGCCGGUACUGAGUGACCUGCAUCGUCCAAAAAAAGUUAGCAAAAGGUGUACACAACGGCGGUCACCACGUACAUCACACCGCUCAUCACCCCGGAGAAGAUGGUGACGAGGACAAAGAAGAUAUUCGUCGGUGGGCUAUCGGCACCGACGACGCUGGAGGACGUCAAAAAUUAUUUCGAGCAGUUCGGUCCGAUCGAAGACGCGAUGCUGAUGUUCGACAAGCAAACCAACAGGCACAGAGGCUUUGGCUUCGUCACAUUUCAAAGCGAGGACGUAGUAGACAAAGUCUGCGAGAUCCAUUUCCACGAGAUCAACAACAAAAUGGUCGAAUGCAAGAAAGCACAGCCGAAGGAAGUGAUGCUCCCGGCGAACCUGGCGAAGACCCGAGCGGCCGGCAGAGGCGCAUACGAUUUUAUGUGGUCCGUGGGAGCUAUACCAGAAGGUUUCUCAGCAGCGGCGUACGCGGCAUACGCGGCAAGCCGCGGCUAUUCUGGGUACCCUAGUUUCGGACUACCUUACCCAACAGGAGUGCCGACGGUGUACUACCACGGAACCGGAAGUGAGAAUGCAAGCCGCGCAUUUACGGAGACGCCAAUACAACACGUCCAACGGACUGCACUGCGGAAAAAAUUGGAUCUUACCAACGGACAGCUCACCCCCAACAACAACACGCCCUUACUCACGCAAGCUCUUUCUGUGAUGAACAACUACCAAGCCGCAGCACAGGCCGGAUUUCCGCCAGCGUCGCCGCAUGCGGCCGGUGGCCAUGGUGGGCCUCAAGGUCGAUCCUUUCCUGCGGCUAAUUCGCCAGGCCCAAUCGACAUGUACAGUUCGAGCGCCGCAGCCGCAGCAGCAGCCGCAGCCGCGGAUUCUGCAGUUGCCAGCUACGUCCAGGCCGCAGCUAGUCCGCAGCCUCCCACGACCGCGUUCCCCGCAAUCGCUGUCUCCCGCGCCCCGCUCAACUACAGUCCCGGACCUCUGAUACCAGCGGCGUUCACUAAUGGCUACCAUUGAGCCUCGUUAAGACCUAACAACAGGAUGGACGAGAGGGCAGAGCGCAGCACGGUCGACUGACGGCACAACGAGCACUGUAGUAGACGCCUUGGGAAGGAACUGAUCACAGUUGAUGACGAUCUCUUGACAAAUAUAAAAAAUAAAAAAAUAAAAAAAAAACAAAUAAAGGACGAUGCAGCUACGACGACGGACGACAGCUUCAUAGGACUGAAAGUUAAGUGAAAAAGGAGGCGAAGGUCGAUGCUUUCCAGUAAGACGAGACUUCGAGCUUCCAAAUAUGACCAACUGAGCGUAGGAGCUACCCCCGAAUGAAAAAAACAUCAUCACUCGGGGUCAACAACAUCGAAUAGAAAGCUCGCGAGGAGGAUGAAGAAAUAGGAUAGAGAAAAAAAGAGAGAUGAGGACGGAAACAAACGUCUAGAGAAAAUCAGAAGACGAAUAAAAAAGAUAAACAGGAAAGCAAUGUGCGCGAGACGCAAGCAAAAAAGAAAAAGAGAAAUUGGAAAGAAUGAGUGCAAGAGA